CAGAGCGCGGCGCUCUCCGCCCCACUUCCCGCUGCCCUUUCCUCUGUCACUUUUCUCUCCCUGUUUCCCCGCCGCCGCCUCGCUCUUGCAUUUGCCCCCUUUCCGCUCUCUUUCCUCGGGCCGCUUCCCUUCGUAUUUCCUCUUCUUUUUCUGCAGUUGUUUUCGCUCUUUCUUUUCCCGAGUCCCUCUCCCCUUGGAUUUCCUCUCUCUCCCACCCACCUCCCUUUUUUCAGUGGUUUUUUUCAUUUCCCUCUUUCUGUCUUGCCGUCCCUAACUUUCCCCUCCUCCUUGCAGUUCUGUCUGCAGCCCUUAUUAUUUUCUGUUUCCGUUUGCAUUUUCCUCUCUCCUUGGGUUUCUCUUACCUAUUUUUUUCUUCCCUUGUAAGUUUCCUCUCCCCUUCUAUUUCUCUUUUUCUUCUUUCCCUGUUUCCUUGCCGUUUUGUUCCCUUCCCCCUCCAUCUCCUUUCUAUCUUCAAUAGCAGCCGCAUACAAGUCUUAAAAAGUAAGAGAUGUUUUUCUGUGUCCUUGAGAAAAGAGGUUAGAGGCCACAUGUACUGAGCAGAGGAGUCUGUGGCUCCUUUAUAAUUUUCUUGCUUGCUUGCUUGAAUGGCAAUUAAGAAGAUUUUUUCUUUUCUUUUCUGCAACAUGGAUUGUUUUUCGUUUUGUUUUGUCUUCCCCCUGUCCUGGCUGUGACGAUUUGUUUGGUUAAUCUGUUCUAUUCCUUUCCUCCUGCCCCCUCACUGCUAGUAGAGGAAAAAAAAAGAUUAAGUAAAUCUGUUCUGCUAUGAGGCAGCAGAUCAGAUUUUUAGGAAGAGUGUGAGGGGAAAGCCUGAAUGACUCAUGAACCCUAACAAGGUUUGGAACUUUAAGGGAUAAGAAGAUGGAUUUUGGUCUUUGGCAGUAGUGAAGAUUGUUGUAAAGGUCUACAGAUAUUGCUAAUUACUGGAAGUCAGCCUCAUCAUCUUCUGGUGUUGCUGCAAACAUGACUUGACAUCCUGAUGACUGCGUUCAUGGCUUCUGGAUGAUCUGAUGCACGAUGGAACUUAAAGUAUGGGUGGAUGGAGUCCAGCGAAUCGUUUGUGGGGUCACUGAAGUCACAACUUGCCAGGAGGUGGUGAUUGCUCUUGCUCAGGCUAUAGGUCGUACUGGAAGAUAUACUUUGAUAGAAAAAUGGAGAGAUACAGAGAGGCAUUUGGCACCUCAUGAAAACCCUAUCAUUUCGUUGAACAAAUGGGGACAGUAUGCAAGUGAUGUGCAGUUAAUAUUGCGCCGCACUGGCCCAUCUCUCAGUGAGAGGCCGACUUCAGACAGCGUUGCUCGAAUACCUGAAAGAACUUUGUACCGACAAAGCUUGCCUCCCUUAGCCAAGCUGAGGCCUCAGAAUGACAAAUUGAUAAAAAGAAGAGAGCCUAAAAGGAAAUCUUUGACAUUCACUGGGGGUGCAAAAGGCUUAAUGGACAUUUUUGGGAAAGGUAGAGAAUCUGAGUUCAGGCAAAAGGUGCUCAGCUGUAAAACAACAGCUGAAGAGUUGAAAAAAUUGAUCCACCUCCAGACUGAGAAGCUUCAGUGCAUUGAGAAGCAGCUGGACUCAAAUGAGGCUGAAAUCCGGUACUGGGAACAGAAGUACAAUUCCAGCUUGGAAGAGGAAAUUCUCAAACUAGAGCAGAAGAUCAAAAGAAAUGAAGUAGAGAUUGAAGAGGAAGAGUUCUGGGAAAAUGAACUUCAGAUUGAACAAGAGAACGAGAAGCAACUGAAGGAACAACUCCUGGAGAUCAGGCAAAGGAUCCUGGAGUGUGAGAGCAAGUUAAAAGACUAUGUGGCUCAAAUCCACAGGAUGGAGAGUGGCCUUGAAGCAGAGAAGUUGCACCGAGAAGUUCAGGAAUCGCAGGUGAAUGAAGAAGAGGUCAAAGAGAAGAUUGAGAAGGUGAAAGGUGACAUUGAUAUUCAGGGCCAGCAGACUCUGAGGCUAGAAAAUGGCAUUAAAGCUGUAGAAAGGUCAUUGGGCCAAGCCACCAAAAGAUUACAGGACAGAGAACAAGAACUGGAGCAGCUAACAAAGGAGCUAAGACAAGUAAAUCUCCAACAGUUUAUCCAGCAAACAGGAACAAAGGUCACAGUGCUACCAGCAGACCCUAUCGAAGUGGAGGGUUCACACAUGCAGCUUGAAAGAGAGACAACAUUUCAGUCCGGGUCCCUGAAACGCCCAGGUUCAUCAAGGCAGCUCCCCAGCAAUCUUCGAAUUCUACAGAAUCCACUGUCAUCUGGUUUUAAUCCUGAGGGCAUUUAUGUAUAACAAUAUAUACCUCUUCUGGAGAGGACCUAUGAAGGUACCAUGGAUAGUAUAAGUUCCUUCCUUUUUGAUUCUACCAAUGAUGAAUGAAAGAAGCUUUUCCUCUUUAAGCCACCACAUGUUGCAGUUCUUCAUUCUACACGCCACGUGGAGCCAUAUCCCCUGCACUGAUGCAAAGGAACAAAAGAACUGCGUAGCAACACAGCUGUCAAUGUUGAAGUUGCCACCCAAUAACUAUUAGUGCAAAAAGCCUUCAUUUUUAUUAUUGCUACUUCAGAAGCAUUUACAAAAGUAUUAUUCUAUGUAUAGGCAUAAAUAAAACACUGACUGAGCAGAGUGAAGGAACCUGUUUGCAACUGGUUUAAGGUUUAAUUUAUUCCAUGCAAUCAAAGGAGGUGUGAAUGUUGACCUUUACAGUUUUUUAUUUUAUUUUAAACUUGUGACUAAUUAUGUAAUAUUGUACUUCUCAGUCUGACAAGAUGACUUUUUUGCGUAUAUAAGUGUCCAGUGUUGCAUCACAUUUUAACAAUACACGACCACAGGAGUGUUGUGGGGGUGCUGUAUCUUUAAAAUAGUCUCUAACCACUGACUUUGUUACAUAGUGGAUUAUGAUGCAUCAUAAUCCACUAUCCAUUGCUAUCUUUUUAGGCUUGAAAGAUGAGUUUGUGGGAUUAGCUUCCUGUUGAUGCUGCCUCGAAUGAAUCAUUGAAUGAUUAUUGAAUUUAAAGCUGGCUAGAAAAGGCUAUUUCCAGCAUGACUGAGGAUGCACUAGUUAGACAGUAUUUUAUUAUAUAGAAUGUAUAUUUGCAAUAUUGUGCCACAUUGCAUAUGCCUUUUGAGAAGCAAAUCAUAUAAGGGUUUUUUUUGCCAUAUGUCUGUUUUACAGCUUUUCACAGUGUAGUUUUUACUUUUUUUUUCCCCCCUUCCAUCAGCCAUGACAGUGUUCUUAUUUUUCUGUAAAUUGUUGCUAUUGCUUAACAAAAUCCACAUGCACACAAUUUAGCAAAAUGACAUCUAAAGGAGCUGGAGUGGUAGCCUGGUCCCAUUAAAAUCAAUAGCAUAAUUCCAUUUGACUUUGCUAGGUCAGGAUUUCAUUCCUAGUCCUCAAUGUUAUGGAACGUGUUUUUUAGGUCAUUAAAAGAUAUGCAAGAUUAUUUCUGUUCAGGGUUUUAUAGCGUAUGAGGUAAAAGGCAGGAGUUCAGAUUCACUAGUAGACUUCCAUUUAUUUUUACAAAGUUUUGCAGUUAUCUAGUACUACCACAAAUAAAACAAGGUUUAGAAAAAGUGGCUCCCAAGCAGAAUUUAAGAAUAAGCACGUACAGAUACAUCACUUCCAAAUAAAGUGGGGUUAUGAUGCUACCCUGGUCCUGCACUUGGAUCAGUGCAGUGGAUACCAUUGGCAUCAGUGGCACUCCUUCAUGCACACCUGUGUGACCAACUGCAUGGAUCUGAUUACAGAAUCUUGGGCCUUAUGUACUAAAUUUGGACUGCCUCUUAUGAUUGCACCAGAUAUUGCCAUCACACGCCUGCAGAGCUCUUUGACUUCAGUGGGAGCCAUGCUUGUGCAUCCAGAACAGAGUAGACCUUGGGCCCCCAGAAAUCAAAAUCUAGAAGGAGAAUCCCGAUUCCAUUGAAGUCAAGGGCAAAACUUCUUUUGACAUUAAUACAAUGAGGAUUUCAUCCCCAGUGAGUAAAAACCCAUGCUUUACUAACUAAAGAAUAAUACUUUAGAAAUCUUUUUAUUUGUGAAAUAUAAAUACUCUUGCUAGUUUUUAUCUAGGUACAAGUAAAUCCAAACUUAAUUUUCUUAUUGUAAAAGACAAGGAUUUCCUACAUCCUUGUCUUUUUAAAAUAAGAAUGGUAAAUCAAAAUUUAAACAAUACAGCCCUGAGAUGAAGGAAUCGCCCUUAAGUGGAAUUUUUUCAUUUAUCUUUUACUAAUAGCACCACAAAUACUAAAAAUGCUGCUGUAUUUAGACUAACAACAAUUUCCGAUAAGGCUGUGAAAAUAUAAAAGACCUUUCAAAACAGGCUCAGUUUAAAAAAAAAAAUCAGCAUUCAUGUCUCUUUUUACUUGUGAACUGGAAAACGUGCUACGGUAGCCUAAAGAAUCUUUACCACACUGAGUUUUUCAUAUCAGUUACUGAGUGUUCUGUGAUCAUUUAUAUUAUAUGAAAUGUAUUUUUUAAUAGAAAACAGAAAUAAUUUGGCGUGUAUACUGUGUCCCUUGGGCGAUGUACCUUACUUUCUAGAUCCAAUUUUGCCAAACAAAUGGCCUGAUCUGGUAGGAUACUUAGUAUCCUCAACUCCCUUUUGAAGUUGACAGGAGUUGAGACAGUCAGCACUUUGCUAUGCAACACAAUUUGGGCCUGAUUCUGCAAGGAACCUGUCACUUAAUCACAAAGAAAAGUUUAAUCAAAUCUUUGCUGCAUAGUGAUAUAAAGGAUUGUUAAGGCAGAUAGAAGUAUUUAUCCUGAAAAUACUGUUAUGAUCCAGCUGAAAUUGAUUUCCAUGAGGGCUUAGAUUAUAAGAAUUGUGUGUCUAAGGGUGUUUUAGAGGAGCAGGGUAAGAGAACUUGGGGUGGGGGAGUUGAUGGCACAAGGUAUUGUUAAGAUAUUAUCCCAGUAAUUAAAUUUGAAGCCUUUCCCUUUUAACUUACUGGUUUAAAUGUAACAUUGAUUGGUGAGGACUGCUGUUUGGCAGAGAGGCCAAGCAUUUAGUGGCUUUGGAAACUAGCUUCCUAUCUUCCCAGCUGAAAGACAUCAUCAGGGCACUUGAGAAGCUUUCUCUGCUUCUACUCAUCAGGAGGAUAAAUAACUGUUGGUGUCCAAGGCUGCUGUUAAUAAGGCAAUAAAUUCACUGAAAUAUUUUUUAUUUUAAUUUGAGAAAAUCCCUUUAGUUUUCAUGCUCUUAACUUGUCUGUAGAUCAACUUAAAAAGGCACGCCUUUGAGUUUUGUUUCUUACUAUAUGAUACAGUUCUGUCUGAGCAUCAUAAAGAAUUAAGAAUUUCACUCCAUAUCAAAUGUUACUUUUUAUAAAUGUAGAAUUUUAUCAUGCGUCCAUUUUCAAAAUCUUUUUUCAAACCUGGUCCAAGAGGAACAAGUAGAACAAAAACAGCACACACUUGAACAGGUGCCACGUUAAAUACUGACCCAGCUUAAUGAAUAUAAAUGUUUGAUUUUAUUAAAUAGUUCAAGCCACAAGUACUUAUUUUCCUGUAAGUGCACAGGAGAUUUAUAUGGAAGACUCCUAUUAUUGUAAUGAAAAUGAAUUAUGUAAAUCCCCUUACAUUGUCACUCACAAGUGACAAUGAAAAAACAGAGAACGGUUUAGGAUAACAUUUUCAAAAAAGCCGAAGUCUCAUUGAAAGAUUAUGGCUCCUAUGUCACCCAAACAUUUUUGAAAAUGUUACCCAUCAUGUGAAACUUGAAAGAACAUGCGGUAGCAUAUAUAGAAUCCGCAAAUGAGAGUUUUCUUUGUGAUUAAGAGAAGAUGACACUUUAGGGAACGAAAACCUCUGCCUUUUUUUUUUCUUUUUUUUAUUGCAUUAUGAUGAACUGGGAUUAUAUGAGUGUGGAAAAAAGACCGAUCCUGUGGUGUGGGUUUUUUUUGUUUUGUUUCAUUUUUUGUGGUUUGAAGUAUAUAGUUCCUCAAUGUGCAUUACUUUAAGUGAAUUGGGCCUUAAUUAUCUAUGUAAAUAGCAAAUCUUUAUUCAUUUUUUUCCAGAAAAUAAUCUUUAAUGGCCUGUAUGGUAUUAAAAUAAGUGUCAAAGUGUUACUUUUACAUUAUGCCAAUUUUUUUUAACGUUGACACGUACAUGUUCUGUUUGCUACAGUAUUUUCAUGUUUUGGAUGAAGGCCAUCAGCUGUAUGGAGAUGACAAAACAAUCAUUCUAUUUAUUCAGUAUUGCUGCUUAUUUUCAAAAUAAAGCUUUCAAUGCCAAUACAAGGAUUGAAUGAAAGCUGCAAUAGCUCUCUUCAGGCACUUUUUUUUAUGUUUGUAGAAACCAAAAUAAGUGCAGGUUAUACCUUAACAUAUAGAUUGUCCAAGCAGAAGACCGCUAAUGGCAAUAACUGUGUGUGUGUGUGUGUGUGUGUGUGUGUGUGUGUGUGUGUGUGUGUGUGAUUCUACAUAAACGCACAUACAGUACAUGCACUUAAGUACAGUUCGGUAAUGUAGUUAAGCGUAUGCUUAACUCCAUCUCUGUUCAGCACAUCACUGAAGCAGAUGCCGAGUAGGGCUAGAGUCGUUACUUUGAUAGUCCUAAAGGGUAUGAUUCAAAAUCCAUUGAAAUCAAUGAAAUUUAACUACACACAAAUGUUUUGCUGAAUCAUAGCCUUAAAGUUCAUUCUGGUGCUAGAGCGAACAAUAGUUCUAGUGAGGAUGCCUCGUUUUACAUGUAGUUAUCUCUCUAAAAUCUUUCACUCCUACAAAUAGAAUGAAUUUGUGUGCCCCCUAUAUAGAAUACAGAGGAAGGUUUGAAGAAUGUUUACAUCCCAGAUGCAGCUUUAGGUUUGAACAUAGUCACACAGUGAUUGGGAGAUUUGGGUUGCUGAAGCUUUAAACAGGAGAGGCUAUGCUCGUUAACUGUGAAGACAAAAAAUGACCAUUUUUAGUACUGCUUUGCUUAAAUGCAAGAUGGAAAUCUGUAUUAUAUGUAAUUAUUAUUAGUUUCUCUUUUGAGUGUCAUUUAAAAAGCUUAUAUUUUCUGAUUAUUUUCAUGAAUUGUUAUUCAGCGCUAUGAAGAAAAAUAUUGGAUAUUCUCCAGUACAAUAAAUCUUCCCAGAUGAAUCACUGGA